AUGGGCUCGCCGAAAGAGGCGUCAGAGCACGUCGAUGGAAGCCAGUCGCUGGACAUUCCAGCGACGUCUCGCCAACAUGGGAACAAGCGAUGGCCGACCAUCCAGCAGAUGAUGGACAUGCUGGCAUCUCUGUUCAACACCGAUCGCGCCAUUCUCGUUCCCAUGCCCACAGCUGAUCCUCGAGAUCCCCUCAAUCUCCCCGGCUGGCGCAAGGUCACCGCCAUCGCCGCCAUCUGCUGCUUCGGCGCCAUGGCCGCCGCCGCCGAGCUCAUCCUCGGCGCUAUGCUCCCCGUCUUCGUCUUCCUCUACGCCGGGCUCGACCCCAAGCUGCUCACCAAGGUCCACCUGCCCGCCGGCACCAACUCCCUCACCCUGCUCGCCGCCUUCCCCGGCCCGCCCAUCUGGCACAUCUACCUGCUCGGCUCCGCGCCCAUCCUUGUCAUCGGCGUCGCCAACUUCUUCCUCGUCCCGCUCGCCGUCGCCGCCGGCCGCCGCACCGUCCUUUUGACUACUGGCGCCGUCGCCAUCGCUGGCUGCGUGGGCUCCGGAUUCAGCACCUCCUUCGGCGUGCACCUGGCCUGCAGGUGCAUCCAGGCCCUGGGCGCAGGCACUGUCGAGAGCCUGAUCCCGUUUAUACUACAGGAUAUAGUGUUCCAGCACCAGCGCAACGCGGCGGUCAGCGUCGUCUUCGCGACGCAGGGGCUGAUCAUCGCGGUGCUGGGCAUCGCGUCGCCGUACGUCAUCGGGCACGCGAGCUGGCGUGUGCUCUACUUUGCGACCGCCGGCGCGGGGCUGGUCUUUUGGGUGGCCAUCUUCAUCUUCCUUCCGGAGACUAAAUUUGCGCGCUCCGAGGAGGAGCAGCGCGGGUGCCCGGCGAGCCCGCUCCCGCCGGGCCGGAACCGCCCCGCGAUGCAUGGCCGGCCGCGGCGCUGGGCGGACGACCUCAGGCUGGUGACGGGACGGCCGGAGUGGCGGAGCGGGGUGGACGCCGUGUGGGACUCGCUGCGGACCUUCUUCUACCCGCACCUGUUUUUUAUUACCAUGCUCAACUCGGCGGUCAUCGCGCUCGCGGUGGCGGCGGGAUACACGGCGGCGCCGCAGCUGCUGGCUGAGCCGUGGGCCUGGCCGUUCUACCACCUCGGCUUCUGCCUGUUCCCCGUCAUCCUGGCGGCCUGCGCGUCCUUUGUGCUGUCCGGCUGGGGUGCCGAUCUCGUGGCCAACUGGGUGGCCGGCAGGAAGGGCACCCGCACGCCCGAGGUGCAGCUACUAAACCUCAUCUUUCCCUGUCUGGUGGGAUUGGUCGGCUGCAUCUUGUUUGGAGUGUCCGGUGACAACCCAGAAAAGUAUCAUUGGAUCAUAUUCCUGAUGGGCCUCGCGUGCAUCACCUUCUCGUUCCUCGCCACCAACACCAUUGGCAUCGUGUACGUGCUAGAGUCGAAUCCGCAGCUUGCGGGCCCCUCGCUGGUGAAUAUUGCUUCUUUUCGCUGUCUUCUUGCGUUUGCGCUUUCAUUUCGCGUCUCUGAAUGGGUGGCGGAUUUUGGAUAUCUUAAGACCUUUAUCAUAUACGCGUGUAUUCUAGGCGCAUUCACCUUGUUCAUUCCAAUUGUCUAUAUCUGGGGUGCCAAGUGGCGACAGCGAUUUCCAAGUUAG